CAGGCAAGCAAAGACAUGCUCAUAGACAUCAUAAGAGUUGGAAGAGACCCCAAGGGCCACCCAAUCCCACCCGCCUCUGCCAUGCAGGAACUCUCAAUCAGAGCACCCCCAACAAUAUGUUGUGCGCCUUGCAAGUCGUUUCCGACUCAUGGCAACCCCACCUUGGGGUUUGUUCCUGGCACGAUUUGUGUGCCUUCAUUUGUGUGUGUGUUCACCUGCAGGGGCCUCGCCUCGACCAACAACCGCUCCGGAGAAGACAGCUGGCUGAAGUCGCUCUUCGUCCGCAAAGUCGAUCCCCGAAAAGAUGCCCACUCCAACCUCUUGGCCAAAAGGGAGACCAGCAGCCUUUAUAAACUGCAGAUUCACAAUGUCAAACCGGAGUGCCUAGACGCCUACAACAAGCUGUGCCAAGAGGUGCUGCCAAAUGUCCACGAAGGGAAAGAGUAUCCCUGUACGUUGGUUGGGACGUGGAACACGUGGUAUGGAGAGCAAGAUCAGGCAGUCCAUCUGUGGCGGUACGAGGGAGGCUACCCUGCGCUGACGGAGGUCAUGAGUAAGCUUCGACAUGACAAGACGUUCAUGGAGUUCCGCAAAGCAAGGGGAAGCAUGCUUCUUUCUCGCAAGAACCAGCUGCUGUUGGAGUUCAGCUUUUGGAAUGAACCCGAACCCAGGGCUGGACCCAAUAUCUACGAACUGAGGUCCUACCAGCUUCGUCCUGGAACAAUGAUCGAAUGGGGCAACUACUGGGCUCGAGCCAUUGGUUUCCGGCAGGAUGACAAAGAAGCCGUCGGUGGCUUCUUUUCGCAGAUUGGGCAGCUGUACAUGGUCCAUCACCUUUGGGCUUACAAAGACCUCCAGACAAGAGAAGACAUCAGGAACGCUGCGUGGCACAAACCAGGAUGGGAUGAGCUGGUAUACUAUACAGUGCCCCUGAUUCAAGAAAUGGAGUCCCGGAUUAUGAUCCCGUUGAAGAUUUCUCCUCUUCAGUAAAAGCCACUGACUGGUGCCUCUGGGUAGAUUUAGAGCGACAAAAGCGUUGGUCUUGUCUUCGUUUUGUUUCCCUUCUCCUCCUCUUCACGUUUAUUUAACCGUUUUGCGUGUGACAGUGGCAACCCUGACUCCGGAAAGUACUGUAUCCUGGGGCAGAGGAAUGAUACCUCGCAGGGGCACUUAGAAAAGCUGUAAGGGGGUCAUCAUUUCUUUUCUUCUCUUAAGUCUUAGUGUUCAGGCACCAAACCUCUUUGGAACGCAGGCAAGCGUUUGGAGAAGCGGCAGGCGCUGAAGGAAACGCACAAAUUCUGGAACGGUGCUGUAUUUAAUUCGACACGCACACUCCCUUGCAAGCUUUUAUUCUUCCAUCAUUGCAGUCACUCCUUCAUGUUCUCCAAAUGUUGGAGCGGAGGGCAUCUACAUGUAGAAAACUAGCAUGUCAGGUUAAUAGUUGGUUUGAAGCUGCCUUACUUGACUCCAUUGUGGUAUCAAUAGGCCACCUUUGAUUCUGGGAAGUUCAUCACUUGGAGAUGUAUAUAUGUUGCUGGAAAGGAAAUGCUCUCCGUUCGAACACUCAGCCCUAGCAAUGUGGCUGCUUUCCUUGGAGCGAUGGGGUCCCUGUAAACCUGGGCGCAUCUGCACCACAAUGCUAGUAUUUCGGUCCCACUUCAGCCGCCGUGGCUCAGCCCUGGGAUUUGUAGUCUGGCGAGGUGCUUUGAAUGCUCUGCUGUCCAUGAUGGCAAUGCACUAAAGCCCUCCAUGGAAGGAAUUCCAAGCGGGCUACAAAUCCUAGGAUUUCGCAGGACUGGCAAUGAAAGUGGUAUCGAAGUGCUUUAGGUGGGCAGUGUAGAUGCAGCUCUGGCCUGAAUGAACAGAUCCAGAAGCUCCUUUCCUUGCUUCUACCUGAGCUGAUAAGAAACGAAAGUCACUGGAGGAUUUUGGAGUCCAGACCAAUGCAAGGCUUUCUCAAACCAAGAUUCAUAUCCACAGAAUAGGCGGCAUCGUUCACCUUUUUGCAAGCACUCCUGGAUUGUGCGGCAAAGCCAAACGCAGGAAGGAAGGGUUGUUUAUUAUUAUUGUUGUUAUUAUUAUUAUUAUUUAAUUGAAUUCAUGAUUUAAAACUUUAGUUUGUGUGAUUCAACUCAGAGAAAGCAAUUCUGCUAUGAGACAAUGGAAACAAAAACGAAGCCUAUGAAAUCGCUUAGGAUCAGCACAAUGCGCUGUGCCCCACUUUUCCAUUUUGGGUUUCACUUAGACUAGAGAGAGAAGUGUGUGUGUGUGUGUGUGUGUUGUGUGUCGUCGUGUGUCUGUGACAUUUCGAGCAUCGCGUACGUUGGAGCCAUGCGCUUGUCAGCUCACAAAUCAGUGCAAUUCACUGUUACGUUUGGUGGCCUAGGAAAUGUGUAUAUACAUUUCGGUGAGGUUUUUUCCUUCUUCUGGCCAAACGCAUCAAUUAAAAAUAUAUCCGAUUGAUUUUCUCAUA